AUGUCUUUAUCUCUUGUUCCAAAUGAGCUGCUCCUGGUCAUCAUCUCCCAAAUUGACUCCGAGGCCGACCUGGCCUCUCUCGCAUGCACCAAUCGCACAUUCUACAAUAAAUUUAUCCCACACCUCUAUAAACGCAACGCAACAUAUUCUCAUGGAUCAGCCUUGGUAUAUGCUGUUCGACAUGGCCUGUACUCGACCGCGCAGAAAGCCGUGCAGGCUGGGGCAAAUGUCAACCAGAACAUGCCCCCGAUCCCUCCAUCAGACAAGCGUCCUUUAAUCAACUUUGCAGCCAAGGAAGGCAACGUGAGACUUGUCGAGUUACUGCUUGAUGCGUCCGCCGACAUCACAAGUAGAGAUAAGUUGAGACUCACACCUCUGCACCUAGCUGCAGCCCAGGCCCACCUGUCAACUGUGGACCUUCUCCUGCGUCGUGGGGCGGACCCGAAUGCCCUGUGCCGCUCGCGACGUACGCCCCUCUAUAUGGCUACUCUGCGGGGACAUGUCGCAGUGGUGAAGCGUCUUCUGGCGCAGCCGACCAUUGAUGUGAACUUGUCAAAUUCGAGCAAGGAAACCCCCUUCUUGGGGGCAGCACGAUUGGGCCACCUCGAGAUUGCUCUAGCGUUACUGGAAUGUGGUGCCUGUGCCAGUGCGUCCCAUCCUACGCAGUCGCCCGUUCAUCAUGCCGUCAGGAAUAAACAACCGGAAUUACUCCAGAAGCUAGUCAAUCGGGGCGACGUGAACGUCAACGUGUUAUAUAGCGAUAAAAUUACCCCACUUCAUCAUGCAGUCUAUGCCUCGAGAGAAGACCUGGUCAGAAUUCUACUCACAGAUCCACGGGUAAAUCCGGAUAUGACCGGCUCGGCCUCAGGGCUCACUCCUUUACUGCACGCAGCCAGGACGAACCAGCAGGGGAUCGUUCAGCGGCUACUGGAUGCAGGAGCCAACGCGCGGAUUAUGGAUCGUACAUGGCUGUCGGCGCAGAUGGUUCUGGAAGCGCCGAGUGUGGAAGCCCGGAGGCGAUUAAUUGACGAGCACCGCCUGCCAAGCCCAGAGGAUACAGAGCGGAGCAUUAAUGGUCAGAUUUUCUGA